GUCCGAACGCUAGCGAGAGCGCGCGCUCGGACCAAUCGCCGCCCAGCGAGUGCGCGUGCGCGCCGCCUUGCCAGCGGGCGGAGGCGGGGGAAGCGGCGCUAUCAAGAUGGCGGCGCUGGGACGGCUGUUUCUAACCACUCACCAGCCAAGCCUGGUUGCUGUCAGAUGGGCUUCUAAGAAAAGUGGGGGCAGCUCGAAAAACCUGGGUGGCCGCAGCCCAGGGAAACGCUAUGGCUUCAAGAAAACCGAAGGUGCCUUUGUCCACGCAGGGAACAUUCUGGCCACGCAGCGGUUGAUCCGCUGGCACCCCGGCGCCCACGUGGGGAUGGGCCGGAACAAGACCCUCUAUGCCCUGGAGGAUGGCAUUGUGAGAUACACCAAGGAGGUCUAUGUGCCCCCACCCCGCAGCAGCGAGAGCAGGGAUGUGAUCUGCCAGCUGCCCAAAGGAGCAGUCCUUUAUAAAACUUUUAUCAGUGUUGUCCCCACCACAGAGGUAGGAAGCUUCAAACUCGUCAACAUGCUGUGAACCUGCAGUGUCACCUGGGCAUGGAUGGAAAGGACAGACCACUACAGCUAUACUGGCAUCUGAGGACAAGAGUGGCUCUGAAGGAUUUGGUUUUGUUCCUGAAGUGCCUGUGAUCUGUGUUCAGGCACUGAGAUCACCUGCUGGCAUUUUUAUGAGUGUUUAAUAAAUGCUGUGGGGCAGCUGAAGGUCUUGGCUGCUCAUGGAAUGUAUUACCUUGGUCAUGUAGUAUCUGGAGAGCCUGGUCUGUUGUGCCAUUGGAUGAAUUCCCUCUACAAUCACUCUUGUGUUAGUACUUGUCCUGCUAAUAAUUCCCUCUAUUUUUGCUCAUUUUUAGUCAUUACUGUUCUAUUUGUACCUUAAUUCACAAUACUACAGAACAGAUUUCCACAUGCACCGAUGCUGUGUACCUGGAAGCUGGAAUUUUUUGCUCUAG